CAUUCAUGUGAUUAGAUUGUGUUCCAUGUGACUUGCCAUACAGUAUCCAAAAUCCCUGGUGCCGAGAGAGGAGAUGUGGGAAGGACACUAUGCUACAGUAGCGCACUGGGUUGCUGCUGUUCAGAGAGGAGCAGUCCAGACUCCACUGUGGUACCGGAUGAUGCAGAGACAGAUAGAGAGUGAGAGAGGUGCGCAGUAGGCUUCUCAGUUCUCAUUGGAGACGUUUUGCAGUCGCUUAGGAAUGUUUUCACGUUUUGCACUAAAGGAAGUUUUCUGAAACAGGAAAAACUGUGGCUAGUCCAACCUAUCCCCUAUGACUUGACUGGGGAGAAGAGUGAGUGGAGUAAACCGUGCCUCUGCGCGGUGCGGUGUUGCGUUAGGGGUGACGUUCGGUGGGGAAGAGGCUGAAACGGUAUCAGGGUGAGAAGAGAUUAUCCGUAACAGCAAAUAGAAGAUCUCCAUUGGGCUCGAGCUCCUCUCUCUCUUUUCUGACAAACCAUCACUCACCGACCAACCGUCACGGUUUGAAGAUGCCCUGCGCUUCAUGAACGAACGAGUGUCCUCAGUUCCUCCAUUGUAUGCUGGCUAUACUGUAGCCUACCCGGCGACAAGGCUGCAUGUUUUGGAUAUUUGGAUAGGAUAAACAGCGUAGUCAUUUUUGGAUUGAAAUUACCAACGGAAAAUUCAUCCAUAAAUGAUGGACGAGCGAUGUUAAUAGUGGACAACUGAAGGGAUUGAUAGCCUACAACGCAUUAUAGUCUAGGGUCCCUCCCAGCCUUUCCAGGUGUUGUGUGGUGGUCUAGAAUGUAGGGAUGAUCCCUGUGGGGCGACUGAAGGCUCAGCCACAGCUGUGGCAGAUAGAGAGAGAUGCCUCUCCAUGGCUGUGGAUGCUUCCUGGCCCUGGUUCUGCUGCUGCCUCGGGGCUCUGCCGGCUGGGUGCCAAUACAGCCCCUGUUGCCGCGCCACACCAUCACCACCCCUUCCUGCUCUCCCAUCACCACCCUCCUCCGUUGCUCCAAGCCGUCUCCAGCUGGCAGCUGUCCUGUGAUCCCUUCCUGCCUCUGGCCAGGAUACCGACACACACAGCAGCUAACCCUGGCAUCAGUCAGUUUCCCCUGCAGAACGUGCAGUGGGAGCUGCCAUCUCCACACCACGUGCUGAGAUUUCAGCCUUCUGCCAACCUGGAGCUGGUCCCUGUAUUUCCCCAUCUGCACCGCUCAGUGCUGCCUCCUCACUGUGGCAAAGGAUGGGUGGAGAAACGGGUCCCCGACUACAAGGCAUACUUGAACAACACUCUAGCUCUGGAGAACACCUGGCUUACUCCGGAGGAAAUAGGAAUCUUCCAGCGGCACGAAAAACCAUUGUUGAUGACAAAUCAAAUGGCCAUGAGCAUAUCUAGGCCAGCUACUGCCUCCAGGAGUCUCAACUCUCUCCUAAUCUCACCCAGACCUGCUGCCUCCAGGAGUCUCAACUCUCUCCUCAUGUCACCCAGACCUGCUGCCUCCAGGAGUCUCAACUCUCUCCUCAUGUCACCCAGACCUGCUGCCUCCAGGAGUCUCAACUCUCUCCUCAUGUCACCCAGACGUAUAUCAG